AUGCCAGAGAAAGAUGAAAAACCCGUCACUGCCGAAAAACAAGAACUCAUUGAUCUCUACAAGCAAAAAGUUGAGCUACAGAAAUGCCUGAUGGACUUGGAAAAGCAAAUCUAUGGUUUCGAAGAAGGAUAUCUAAAUGAUACGAGAGACUUUGGAAAUGUUGUCAUCGGCUGGGAAAAUUUCAACGCAGAGUCGAACAGAAACAGAAAUAAAGUUGACAAAAAACAUACUGCCAAAAGAAUUAGAAAUUCUGAACGAAUCUUCAGCACGUCUAGCGUUACGUCUUUUGAAGUCAACCCAUCGCUGAAGGAAAAAGACACAGACGAUGAAGGGCAAAUCGAUGAAAACCCAAAGAAAAAGAAGAAAAAGGCCGCUUAA